UAUAAAAGAAAUUAGUAACCAGCUAUAUAAGAGCAAAUUAAUUGUCGAGUUAUUAUAACGUUAAGGUUGGUGCAUUGUAGGAUCAUCACAAUGCUACGGAUAACGCUGUUCCUGAUGGUCGCGGCACUCGCGUGCCAAGCCGCUCCUGCCUCCGACGACGAAGCUGCCGACCAUCUAUACAGAAGUGUGAUCAUUGCUGACUACGAGACCGCUCUGUCACAGAGUAAAGAACUUGAGAAAGAGAAGAGAGGCAAAGUUAUCUCGAAAACUGUUGAUAAACUGCUCAACCAGGACAAACAGAAGCUUAUGUAUUACGCGUACUAUCUGUGGAACCACGACGCCCAAGACAUCGUAAAGAAUGACUUCCCGAUCGAAUUUAGAAUGAUCUUCGGCCAGCUUACCGUCAAGCUCCUUAAUAAGAAAUUCGGUAUGCGGCUAAAGUGGGACUCAAGACUGAUUCCGACGGCGAAAGGACCGUGUAUGGUGAUAGCGGUGACGUUGGCAAUAGGGCAGUCUGGCAAUUCAUGA